AUGGGCAGGUCGUGCUGGAUUUUCAGGGACCCCAACAGUAAUACCCCCACUGUCAUCACCAGCACACAGGGCCUCAGCAGCCUCUGGCCCACCACACCCUCCGCUCAGUGCAGCCGCAGCAUCAGCACCGGCGGCAUCAUGUGGUCGUUCACUCUUUUCAUUUUCCUACUCACUGUGCCCGUCCGUGGGAUUCUCCCUGAUAUCGUGGACUCGGGCCUCAAUCACGUCCUGGGAGAUGUUUUCUCUCGGGAACAUACGGAUCUCGACCGCCAGACUAAAGAGGAUCAACUGCAUCAGAGACGCGAGUUUCCCCAGUUCAAUGACAGUGUCCCCCCACCUCCUCCCAGCAUUCCUUCAAUCCCUCCAAAUGAGUCAACUUCUGGUAACAUCACUGAGCCUUCUAAUAAUCUUAUUGAGCCAAUCCACCAUUCAGCUCACCAGGAUACAAACAUUAGCUCAACUGAUCACCAGCCCAGUGACUUGGACAACAACAUUUAUCAUGGCUGCAUCACUGAUGUUGAUUGUGAAAAGGGAGAGUAUUGCUUCUCUCAAGUAGACCGCUCUAAAUGCAUGUCCUGCAAAGCUCUUGAUGUGCCAUGCACCAGGGAUGUGGAGUGCUGUGAUGAACACAUGUGUGUGUGGGGUCAGUGCACUGAAAGUGCCUCUAAAGGAGAUGCUGGCAGCACAUGUCAAACACAGAGUGACUGCAAAACUGAUCUCUGCUGUGCUUUCCAUAAAGCACUGCUUUUCCCAAUCUGCUUGACAAAGCCCAUAGAGCGUGAGCAGUGCUUUAGUGCCUCUAACCACCUCAUGGAGAUGCUAUCCCAUGACCCUCAGGAUGAAGGCCCAAGGAAACACUGCCCAUGUGUUGGGGAUCUCCACUGUCAGCAUUUAGGACGAGGUUCCAUGUGCCUUAAAGGAGAGGACUCAAGUGAAGAAGACAUGACAGACAAUCUCUACUCAGAAAUAGAUUAUAUUAUCUAA